UUGAGUACUUGAUAGUGAAGCCAGUUCCGGGCUUGCAGUUCAGCAUGGCCACAAGCUAUCAGAAUCAUUGGAAGUGGAAGGAGAUGGGAGAGAAGUCACUGGACAUAGGCCACAGGGGGAUGGGGGCAUCAUAUUCUCAAGUCAAUGCUCUAAAGGAGAAUACAGUUGCAUCUUUUCUAGCAGCUGGGAAACAUGGUGCAGAUUUGGUAGAAUUUGAUGUGCUACUCAGCAAAGAAAAACAACCUGUGAUAUACCAUGACUUUUCUGUCAAAGUCAAGUAUUCAAAAAAAAAGAAACACAAAGUCCAUGCAGAACUGUUUGAAAUCCCAGUGAAGAGUCUGACCUUGUCUCAGCUCCAGUCCAUGAGACUGUUCUCUUCAGAUCAUCAUGGAGUGGAAAUCAAUAAUGAAGAAACCGAAGAAGAAAGCACAGAGCCGUUUCCAACCCUAGAACAGGUGCUAAAAGUUGUGGAUGAAAAAACUGGAUUCGAUAUAGAAAUUAAAUUUCCACAGCAGUUUGUGAAUGAUGUUUGGGAGAUGGAGAACUACUUUGACAUCAAUGAGAACCUGGACCACAUACUCAAGGUGGUUUUUGCUCAUGCUGGAUCCAGAAAAAUCGUCUUCUCCAGCUUUGACCCUGACUCUUGUAUUCUGCUGCAGUUAAAGCAAAACAAGUACCCAGUAUUGUUCCUCCACCAGGGGCGCACAGAGCACUACCUGGCCUACAAGGACUACAGAUCUUACGAAUUUAAAAGUGGCAUCAGCUUUGCUUUGUCAGAACAUCUACUGGGUGUGGCUCUACACUCUUCAGUUCUGCUGAAAGAUAUUGAUCUGAUUGACAGGGUACUUAAAAUGAAGCUGGUGUUGUUUGUCUGGGGGAAUGAUAACAACGACCCAAAGGUCAUACGCAAGUUACGAGAUCUCAAAGUUCAUGGUAUUAUUUAUGACAGAAUUGACUGCCACAAGCCAGAACAUCAUCCUGAGUUCCAGCUGACAUCAGCAAAGGAUGAAGCCACAUUUAUGAGGGUCGUCGAGACAGAGAAUGCAGCCUCGGUUCAUUAUCUGGAUGCCAGGGACAUGAGUUGUAGCCCUGAUGGCUCAGUGGGAGAAUGCGCAGUGACUGGAGAGUCAGGGGGCAGCAGCAGCUGCGGCAACUCUACCAUCAGUUCUAGCGCCAUUGUUCCAGAUAGUGAUGUUUUAAUGAGCCAGAAGGAGUUAAUGCCCAUGGUUGAAACCACAUCAUAG